AUUCUGACUCCGACCCGGAAACAAGCAAAGCCAACAUUCCAUCACCCAGGGAGGCUCUGGAGCGAUCCAGACCACACUUCAUCAGUCGCUCUCAGGGCAGACUGAGAGAGAUGGAGAGGCGGGCAGAAAAGAGGAGGGAGGAGAGGCGCUCUGACCACCAGCCAGAGGAGAUGAUGCUGAUGCACCAUAGAGGACACAGCACCAGAACCAGUCCUCUUAGUGAUAACCUUUUCAGACCCAGAGAUAGAGCCAUUACAGGGAAGGAGAUGCAGCUCAGAACCAGGCAAAACUAUAAAAAUCUGCCGGAGGUGAGGAGGAAACAGGAGGAAGAGAAGAGGAGGGAGGACUACCUGACUAACAGGCUGAGAGCAGAUCUCUUCAAAAAGGUCAGAAUGUCUGGAAAUACGGAAUGUUUCUCUCUGUUAAUUGAUUGGUUGCUGCAGUAA